CAUGGAAGAUGGUCCGCCUUCAGCAAGCUGUUUUAGAAGGUUUACGGACUGUUUUCUUGGUUCAAGUCUGACCGAUGAGAAAGUGAAGGCCUAUCUUUCUCUGCACCCCCAGAUGCUGGAUGAGUUUGUGUCAGAGAGCGUGAGUGCGGAGACAGUAGACAGAUGGCUGAAAAGGAAGAGCAGCAGUCACUCCACAGAUGACCCCUCCACUAAAGAAGUCAGCAGGUACCAGGACACAGACAUGCAGAGUGUGGUGUAUGAGCUCAACAGCUACAUGGAGCAGAGGUUGGACACUGGAGGAGACAACAAGCUGCUUCUCUAUGAGCUGUGUAACAUCAUUAAAACCGCCACAAAGGCCGAUGGAUUUGCACUUUACUUCCUCGGAGAAUGCAACAAUAGUUUAUGUUUGUUCACUCCAACGGGGGCUAAGGAAGGCCUUCAGGGGCUUGUACCCUCACGGCCGAUCGCGUUUGGGACCACCAUCGCUGCCCACGUCGCAAAGACACGCAAGACACUGCUUGUAGAGGACAUUAUUGGGGAUGAGCGUUUUCCUCACGGCACAGGGCAGGACUCAGGGAUCCGUGUUCAUUCUGUCCUGUGUCUCCCCAUCCUCACGGCCAUCGGCGACCUCAUUGCCAUCCUGGAGCUGCAUCGCCACCUUGGGAGGGAGCCCUUCAACCUCAGCCACCAGGAGGUUGCAACUGCUAAUCUGGCAUGGGCUUCUGUAGCUAUCCACCAAGUACAGGUCUGCAGAGGUCUUGCCAAACAGACUGAACUCAAUGACUUCCUGCUGGAUGUGUCAAAAACAUACUUCGACAACAUUGUGGCAAUAGAUUCUCUACUUGAACACAUAAUGAUAUAUGCAAAAAACCUGGUGAACGCAGACAGGUGCGCACUCUUCCAGGUGGAUCACAAUAACAAAGAACUGUACUCUGACCUGUUUGAUAUUGGGGAGGAAAACGAAGGGAAACCCGUUUUUAGGAAAACCAAAGAAAUUAGGUUUUCUAUAGAAAAAGGAAUUGCAGGUCAGGUGGCUCGAACAGGAGAGGUCCUGAAUAUUCCAGAUGCCUAUGCAGAUCCCCGAUUCAACAGAGAGGUGGACCUCUACACUGGCUACACAACCCGGAACAUUCUCUGCAUGCCCAUCGUGAGCAGGGGGACGGUAAUAGGUGUGGUACAGAUGGUGAACAAGCUGAGCGGAAGUGCCUUCACUAAAACUGACGAGAACAACUUUAAAAUGUUUGCAGUCUUCUGUGCUCUGGCCUUACACUGUGCAAAUAUGUACCACCGAAUCAGGCAUUCGGAGUGCAUCUACCGAGUGACGAUGGAGAAACUGUCGUACCACAGUAUCUGUACGUCGGAGGAGUGGAAAACCCUCGCGCAACUGUCCCUCCCCACGCCCAUGUACAAAGAGAUAGAAAUGUUCCACUUUGACAUCAAUCCCUUUGAGGAACUCUGGCCUGCAAUCUUUGUGUAUAUGAUCCACAAUUCAUGUGGAAAAAACAGCUUCGAGUUAGAAAAAUUGUGUCGUUUUACCAUGUCAGUACGAAAGAACUACAGGCGAGUUCCAUAUCACAACUGGAAACAUGCGGUAACAGUCGCCCACUGCAUGUACGCCAUUCUGCAGAAGAACCAAGGGAUCUUCACAGAGUUAGAGAGGAAGGGUUUGUUGAUCGCCUGCUUGUGUCACGACCUGGACCACAGAGGCUACAGUAACAGUUACCUGCAGAAGUUUGAUCACCCACUAGCCGCCCUGUACUCCACUUCCACAAUGGAACAACACCAUUUCUCCCAGACCGUGUCCAUCCUACAGCUGGAAGGGCACAAUAUUUUCUCCAACUUGAGUUCCAGUGAGUACGAACAGGUGUUGGAGAUCAUCCGGAAGGCCAUCAUCGCCACCGACCUUGCCCUUUACUUCGGGAACCGGAAGCAGUUGGCCGAGCUGCUGAACACAAGAGCGUUAGACCUCAACAACCAGGCCCACAGGGACCGUGUGAUUGGUCUGAUGAUGACUGCCUGCGAUCUCUGCUCCGUCACAAAGCAGUGGCCUGUCACGCGCCUCACAGCCAACGACAUCUACGCUGAGUUCUGGGCUGAGGGUGACGAGAUGAAGAAGAUAGGAAUCCAGCCCAUUCCAAUGAUGGACAGAGAUAAGAAGGAUGAAGUUCCCCAGGGUCAGGUGGGGUUCUAUAAUGCUGUAGCUAUUCCCUGUUACACCACUCUGUCGGAACUUUUCCCCCCGUCCAGUCCACUUCUCAGAGCCUGCAGGGAGAACCUGGGUCAGUGGGAGAAGAUCGUCAGAGGAGAGGACUCCACGUGGGUGCCGGCGGAGGAGAGGGAGCUGAGCGAGGCCACCGACAGCGGUCCGGUCAAAGUGGACAACUAA